CGCACCCCGAACCCAGCACCGCUCGUAUCGAUCGCGCACACUUGCCCUUUCGUCAUCGGUCGUCGUCGUCCGCCUCACUGUGCCCACAAGCGUCGGGUGUGCAUGUUGUGUGAGAGUGUAGAGCGUUACAGCUAGUUGACAGCAGCAAGUAGCGAGUUAACAGAAAAUACGGGAAGCGAGCGGAAGCAAACGUUUUGGUCACAGAAAUUUUUUUUUAAUUCAAAAGCCUUGCUCCCCACCUCUGUGCAUGUGUUUUUGCACCGUUUGUAGUGUUUGCAAUUAUUAUCGAUGUUUGUCCCGUCCCCCGUGUGUCGGUGAAUCGCGCGCGCGUGUUCUGUGAAAACGGCUGAGAGAGCGCGGAGACAGAGCAGGCGAGCAGGAGCGCUCCUUCACAUCCGACGUCCAUCAAACGGCUCCGGCGUUCUCUCCCUCUCUCUCUGUGUGUGUGUAUGUGUGUUGAAGGAAGUGUUUCAAAUGUUUGCUUAAGUGUGCCGCCGCGCCGCAAGUGUGUAUUCAGUUCAGCUGCUCGAGUGUACAGUUUUUUUUUGUUCCGGCAAUAGCAGUAGUAGUAGUGGUUCUUUUGUUUUAUUUUUGUUUCGUUGUAAAUUGCUGCUCUUCUCGUGAGUGAUCUAUUUCGCGCAUCGCACUGUCGCGCUUACCAACUGGUUGGUGGCGUAAGGUUAGAAAUUGAAAGGGAGAGAGAGAGAUAGAGUGAGAGCGAGCGAGAAAGAAAUAGAGAGGCCCAACGUGUGUGUUAUCAGCGGCUUCUGCUCCAUCGGCUCCAACGCGCACCCAUCGGCGACGCACGGCGCUGGGUGGUUUACACAUUUCCACGAAUCCACGACGCACGGACGGUUGCAGCGCCCGCACGCACACCGAAGCAGUGCGCGCGUGCGUUCGUGCGCUUGUGUGCGCAUCCAAACCGCUGUCAUUGUUAUUGUAGUUGUUAUUGCGCCCAGUCGUGCUUCAUUAGAGCGGGACCGUUUUGGCGUGCCGGUAAUUAAAGCGAAUCACAGACGGAAAGCUCUCAGAACCAAACGGUUGUUUGGAUCGAUCGCCGCAGCAACAGCCAGGCGCAGCGACACGCUCACUCACCAACAACCGCCUGCUUGGUGUGGCGUUGGUGUUGUCCGCUCUCCAACCUCCCCCCCAUUUUGCGGGCGCGAAGGUCGUGUGUGCAAUAAGUAAGGGAAGGAAGCGUACAUAAAAAGAGCAGGAAGAAGCCAAAAACAACCCCCAAGAUGUCACUGUGGGCCCGGGUGAACCAGCUGCCGCAGCCGAUCCUGGAGCAGAUACGCUUCAUCUACGGCAGCAACUUUCCGAUCGAGGUGCGGCACUACCUGGCAGACUGGAUCGAGGAACGAUUGCUCAACGCGCCGGUGUACACGAACGACCAGGAGGCGGUGUACGAGCAGGAUGCGGCCAACUUUCUCAACCAGCUCAUCAUGGAGCUGGAGCGGACGGCGAUCAACCUGCCGGAGAGCAACUUCACGAUCAAGAUACGGCUGAACGAGUCGGCCCGGAACUUCCGCCAGCUGUUCUCGCACAAUCCGGCCCAGCUGUACCAGCACCUGAUGAACUGUCUGCACCGGGAGCGCCAGUGCGUCGCCUACCCGGACGAGUGCGUGAACGUGCAGGACCCGGAGGUGACGGAGGUGUUCAACGCGGUCCAGCAGCUGCAGAUCAUGGUGCGCACGAACGAGAACGACAACCGGAACCUGAUGAAGGAGUACGAGCAUCUGCUGCUGGAGGUGCACGAGCUGCAGAAAAACCGGGCCCAGCUGGAGACGAUCGAGAACGCGGAGAUGCGGGCGCACGCGCACAACCAGCUCGCCCAGCACCAGAAGAUGGUGAACGAUCGGCUGCAGCUGUGCACCGGGAAGCGGCUCGCGCUGGUCGACGGCUUCCGCAAGACGAUCCUCAUCACGGACGAGGUGCAGAACAAGGUGCUGAACAAGUAUCUGUCGCAGUGGAAGAUUAACCAGGGCUUUGCCGGCAACGGGGCGUCGAUGAUGAGCGCCAGCAACCUCGACACGAUACAGGCGUGGUGCGAAAGCCUGGCCGAGAUCAUCUGGAGCACCAAGGAUCAGAUCCGGCUGGCGAUCAAGAACAAGUCGAAGCUGCACGUCGAGCAGGAGGACGUGCCGGACCUGCUGCCGCAGGCGAUGGUCGACGUGACCAACCUGCUGAAGAUGCUCAUUACCAACACGUUCAUCAUCGAGAAGCAGCCGCCGCAGGUGAUGAAGACGAACACGCGGUUCGCCGCGACGGUCCGGCUGCUCGUCGGCAACACGCUCAACAUCAAGAUGGUCAACCCGCAAGUGAAGGUGUCCAUCAUUUCCGAGGCACAGGCACAGCAGACGCAACAGACCAACAAAGCUUCCGAGCAGUCGUGCGGCGAAAUCAUGAACAACAUCGGCAAUCUGGAGUACAACGAAACGACCAAGCAGCUGUCAGUGAGCUUCAGAAACAUGCAGUUGAAGAAGAUCAAGCGCGCAGAGAAGAAGGGCACCGAGUGUGUGAUGGAUGAAAAGUUUGCGCUCCUGUUUCAGUCCAGCUUUGCCGUCGGCCAUGGCGAUCUCGUCUUUUCGGUAUGGACCAUCUCCCUGCCCGUGGUCGUGAUCGUGCACGGCAACCAGGAGCCACAGUCGUGGGCCACCAUCACCUGGGACAAUGCGUUCGCGGACAUCAACCGGAUCCCGUUCCAGGUGCCGGACAAGGUGAUCUGGAACCAGCUGGCCGAGGCGCUCAACAUGAAGUUCCGCGCGUCGACCGGACGUUCGCUCACGGCAGAGAAUAUGCACUUCCUGUGCGAGAAGGCGUUCAAAACGAACCUGCCGUUCCCGGUGCCGAACGAUCUGACCAUCAUGUGGUCGCAGUUCUGCAAGGAGCCGAUCCCGGACCGCUCGUUCACGUUCUGGGACUGGUUCUACGCGGCGAUGAAGGUGACGCGCGAGCAUCUGCGCGGCCCGUGGAUGGACGGCAGCAUUAUCGGCUUCAUACACAAGUCCAAGGCCGAGGACUAUCUGCUCAAGUGCCCGCGCGGUACCUUUCUGUUGCGCUUCUCCGACAGCGAGCUCGGUGGCAUUACCAUCGCCUGGGUAAACGAGGGCAACGACGGGCAGCCCCAGAUACUGCACAUUCAGCCGUUCACGGCCAAAGACUUCUCCACCCGGUCGCUGUCCGACCGCAUCCGCGACUUUGACGAUCUCUUCUACCUGUACCCGAACAAGCCGAAGCACGAAGCGUUCGACCGGUACACGACGCCGGCCGGGCCGCCGCGCAACAAAAACUACAUCGCGUCCGAGGUGCGGGCGGUACUGAUGCCCGGCCCGACCAACAACCAGAUGAACAGCUUCCCGAACACCCCGUCCUACAACAUCCAGUCGCCGGAUGCGUCCCGCGAUACGCCCUCGACCGGCAUGAGAGCAUAUCAUUGCUACGGUCAGACAAACUACGGUCAGGUGCCCGAUUUCGAGCUCGAGAACAUUGGCAUGUUUUCAUCGCAGUACCACUAAAGCCAGCGCUGGCCAACCGACGCACAGCGCCGCCAUCGGGUAGCCCGGGCCAACUCGUUGCAUAGUCGAGAUAUAGUAAAUGCGUCGACACGUGUACCUUCCCCGCGGGGGUGUUUAUUGAUGCUCGAGACCGCUGGACCACGCUGGACCCUGAAUCUCUGGACCAUCCGGCUACUACUUCGGCUAAAGCAAGUUUGACGACACGGUGGGCACGGGAAUGUAGGUGUCUCUGGGUGGGGGGUGCACACCGGGAUGCAAAGCAGGAGUGUGUAGUAAGCCCCCCUGUGUAAGCGACGAACCCGCGCGGCACACACUGUGGCAACACACGGCGAUGCUUGAUUGUACAUUUAAGCCAACACACACCUGUAGCUUAAGGAGCAGUGUGUUACGAUUUACACUAAAUGUAGUAGUGCUAUGUCGGUUAGGAUAGAUGGGGUGGGAAUUUUUGAUCCGUAAAACAAACACACGCACACACACACACACACAACUUGCAGCCAAACACACUCACGCCGGCUCUAUGCUUUCCGGCUUCAUCUCGAUCCAGCACCGUGGAAGGAUAGAUGCGCGCGCGUACGUUCAUCUUGCCCCCCCUGUCCGGCGGCCAACCUGUUCUGCUCGAACCGACGAUGCGAACUUCUUACGUCGAAUCAGCCUUUUUAUGUACGUUCUAGCUACCCAAGGAGUGGUGCAAUGUUUAAAGCAAUCCCGUGUAAGCGCAUUUCCAAAAUCAUUCGCCUUCUUGUAAGGAGCAGUCACAGCCACAGUCAGUAUUAGCUUUAUGCAAUGUUUUUCCUGUUAAAAUUGUUUGUUUUUUUUUUCGUUUUACUGUGCGUUUUAUUUAAAAUGUCAUUGCCAUAGCUGGUUUGAAUUUUUGUAACGUUUCAUUUCAAAUCCAAAAGUAACUGCUAACCGUAAUCUUGUUUUGCGUGUGCCCACGGACCACAUUUUACUGUAAACCUUACGACAAGCUUCGAUAACAAAAAGGCCAAAGCGACAGCGUUUCUAUUGACAUUUCUUCAAUCCAACAUUAACAUGUGCUCGAGCACAAAGGAAGAAGCGGCUUUCCGUGUUUUUUUUUUUACUCCAAACAGAUCAAACAGCAGAAAUUGAAAACUCAAAAAGCUUCAAAUACUGUGCCAUACAAAAUGCUUUCCGAUGCCUUUUUUUUUGGGUGAGAAAAUCCAUCCAAUCCUGUUCUACAACAUUUCGAGCUUCUCAACUCCAGCACGGUGGCCGGGUAGAGCGGAACACGAUCGACAGACGUUGGCGGAAUCUUUUCCAACACGGUGACACUUCCGGCGAGCCGAAGACUACGUCUUUUAAUGCUAAUCAAUGUAUGUCUGUUGUAUUUUGCGCGUGUUUGUGUAUCUAUCUAUGUGUUGUGUGCGUGCGUGUGCGCAAUUAUACGUAUAGUAUAUAGUAUAGAGUGUAGUUUAGGAGAGUGCAAGGGAGUCAAUAAUGUCUAGCCGUUACGAAACGAACUUCCCGUUUAUAAUACUAUAGUAAUACCACUGCUAAGGUUAUGCGAUCCUGCUACAUUGCUAAAUGAUGUUUGUCUGCGUAUGUUUAUUAUGUAUUUGUGGGUGUCCGUGUAUGUUUCAUGUGUUCCCCGAUGCAACCUUACGCAUACACAGUACGCCUAAUGCUAUAUGCAAUUAUAAAGUGCAAAACAAUGUGCGGGGCGGGGGAGAGUGCAGUGCCAGACGUCAGAGCGCUGCGACAUGCUGGGUGUGUGUGUGUGUGUGUACAUAAAUUCUUCAACGAGAAACAAGAAAAGUUCAAUACAAUAAAACCUUGCAAGGAAGAAAAAAACAGGAUAAACGAAAUCAAGCCAAUAUUAUGAUGCAUUCAGUAUAUGAUUGACCUGCACAGAGGUGUGCUGCUAGUAGAUUAAAGUUAAAAAAAAACACACACACACACUAACAACACACGAAUCGUAAGAAUGUACAGUUAAGGAGGGAGGGGCGUUAGUGCAAGGUCGAGCGACCCGCUGCAAUAAUCGACUGGAGGAGAGAUGCUCACAGAAAUGAUCGGUUUCACCAAAAUUUUAAACAAAAAAAAAAAAAAAAACAAACAAGUAAACAACCACAAAACUAGAGGCAACGAAAUGUAGAACGUCAACCGUUUUUUGAUAGAUUAUGCAAAGGAGGGUGGGGUAAACCGUCUGUGGCAAACUUGGGGAUAGGAUGGUUGCUUUGAUUCUUAUUUACACUUGUCUAUUUAUCUUCCGGCGCGCCCCGUAUUCGGAAUAUCGGUACCGCCGGAUACACCCGAUACCCACACAAACACACAUACACAUGCUGGAGGAGGUUUAAUGAGAAAAGCUGAACAGAUUUGAAAUUUAUAAAAAAAAUAUACGAAACAGGCUAUAGAUAGAGAAGGCAAGAGAGAAAACAAAGGAAUGGAAUUGAGUGCACAUGUUUCUCAUACAAGCUAACCUUGUUGUCCAAACUAGAAUACUAGGAUGUGUGUGUGUGUGCAAUGAAAUGGUCCAAUCGAAAUGUGCAAAUUAUAUACCGACAUAGUCCAUCCGGCGCCGCUGUGCGUUUAACGUCACUGUGCACGGAAGUGCUAGGGCAUAGCUAGUAGUAGUGCAACUUUACUGCGUAGUGUUUUUUUUUCGGGCCAAAAGGGAGAAAAAGGCAAAUUAUUGUUCUUUAAGAGAGACGUAGAGCAAAGAAGUAUGUAUUACAAAAAGAUACACACACACUAACACACGCAUACGCAGAGAAAAAACAACGAAUAUUAAGAGAGAAAAAGAGAAAGUAGAAAUAGUAAUAGCAAAGAAGUAGCAUAAGAAUAAUAAGAAGAAAACACACACACACACACACACACAAACCAUACAUACACAUAACGUAAACGAUUUGGAGAGAUUCCCCUGCUGCGUGUAUUUGUGUGUGUGUGUGCCCGUUCAUGCAGCAGCAUGUUUCGGGUUGCUUUAUACAUGUGUGUGUGUGUGUGUGUACCUCUAGCCCCCCCCCCCCGCCUCCCCGUGUGGAGGUCCCUUGUGCAAUGGUGUUUCCCCCCCCCCCCCCCCCCUACUGUUAAGUGAACAAUCUUCUGAAGAUGCACAUGCACACAUACAUGCAUACACACGCAAACGCAAUGAUGUGCGCAAUGGCUCGCAGCAAACAAAAAAAAAAGGCGCGGGGGAAAGAGAUAUCGUGUACUGAUCUCUCCGUUUAGCGAGCUCUAAACAAUAUUAGAUGUAGUUAUGGCAGGCAACAACAACAACAACAAAAAGGAAAAAUAAACAGCAAAUCAAUCAUAUUAAAAGAAAGAGAUAGAGCCAAAGUAACAUUUUCCAUGGCCCUUUCUCUCUCUCUCUCUCUCUUACAAAAAUUAAAACAAAAAGGCGUGUGUGCGUGUGGAUGCAUAUGGCAUGCAAAAAAUGGAAUAAGUUAUGUGUUGUAACGUCCAAAGAAUUGACAAGCUAUCGGAAGAGCGAGCGAGAGAGAAAGCGAGAGAGAAAGAGUAUAAGCAACGAACCCCAAACAGCUGUUUCACGGUUUUAAGAAAAAAGCAAGACAAAUGCUUCCCUUAAGAAAGGACAAUGGUUGAUCCUAGUCCUCCUCCCUCCCUCCCACAAAGGAAAAACGGCCCUACAAAACAAGCACAACGCAAUCCUUGAACGCGAGCCUACAGCAAGCAAGCCAGAUAUAUUAGAAAUGCCAUAACGUUCGCUGCUAACCCAGUAAACCACACUCAUACGCAUACAUUGAUUUAUACAAGCACAUUCACACACUGAAAUAGAACGAAGUAAGCUUACUGUGCGCGCACUAGUCAAUGCCGCCAGAGGAGAGGACCACGAAAAGCAGCCCUUCGAUGGGGGUUUGUUUGCAGUUUGCAACAACGAAUGCAGAACCACUUCAGCUCGUGUGUGGUUAGUAGGGGUCAGUGAACAAACGAAACGAAACGAAAAUCUACGGAAACAAUUUAUGCGACCGAGCUUUUUUGCUAUCUACACACCAACACACACACACUGUUGUUUGAUGUUGCAGUGUGAGUUGUGUGCGGCGGCGGGGUGGACCCUUUAGCGGGGCUUUUUCAGAUUGCCUAUUGCUUAGUGAGUGUUUCCUUUUAUAUUGCUUACUACUAAGCCACUGUUAAGGUACAUUAUUGAACGUUAGAUUGAGACGAAUUUUAUAGCAAAUGUUGUUGCUGUUUUAGUUAGAGGUUUUUUUUUUUGCACGAAAGCGGAACGGUUUUUGGUUUCAAACUAAAAGCUAAAGGGGCUCUAUGGUUAGUAAAGCGGGCGGGGCUGCGUGUCAAGGCAGGAAUUACAGGGUGUUUUGCUCUAAUACACGUUUUGCAUAUGCGUUAGGUAAAAUGUUAUACUUUCCAAUCAACUGCGCUUCAUCAAUGUGUCCCACUGACUUACCUCUCUACCUCGAUGAGAAAGAGAGAGAGAGAGAGAGAGAGAGGGGAAGAGAAGGGCGCCCAAACAAACAAGAUUGUCAUAGCACAAAUAAUAUAAUUUUCACAAACCUUAGCCCCUUCUUCGCGCACCAACCAGAAGAUACACGCUGCUGCAUACAGGAGAGACAGCCGGAUGAACUGCGGAGCGAGCAAGACAAACAACAUUGGUGGGCUCCACAUUGUUGAUCUCUGUCCCAACAAAAAAAAAAAAAAAACAACUACAAAAAACGACAAUAGACGGUUAAUAUUAAUAGAAGGUGGACCGGUUGGACACGCAUUGUCUCUAGCAGCUUAGAUCGGUUUCUUUGGCAGUACUAAGAGGAUAGCAAAAAAAAAAAAAAGAUGUAUUUCAUUUUCUAUAUUUUCCUAGCUCGCAGCAAAAUACUUUAAAAUUUUUUAAAACUAACCAACUACUCUACCCCAUACCAGACCCCCCCGGGUGAUCGCCUGGUCUAAAGUGUGCACGUGCACUCAAUGGGAGGCAGGUGGAAUGUUGAAUUGAUUCUAAGCAGCAAAAAGAUAAACCUAAUACAGUCUGUUCCCGAGGCAACGUUCCCCGAUUUUUCGACUUUAAAGCAGUUUGAUUUUUUUAAGCAAAAAUUUAUUCUGUAAUUGUAUACUGAUUUUUGUGACACAUGAGCUGUAGAAAAUUAUAAAACCACGUAACUCGGGAACAGACUCUGUACUAAACAAUAAAUGGGUAUACGAUGCAACGGCGAUUUAGAACGAUGCGCGAGGGAGGAAAAAGCAGCAAAACGUAUGAGCGUGUAUGUGUGUGUGUAUGUGUGUGUGUGUGGGUGUGGGUGUGUGCGUGUAUGUGUGCGUGUGUGUGGUCUCGUGUACUUUGGAAUUUUGUUGCUACACAGCAAACAAACAAAACCAACAAUUGUGUAUCUGUUUAAAAAAUAAAUUCAGUGUAAAAAGGUA